AUGGCUGCUGCUGAUAGUGCUCCUGCUCUGCCGGACUAUGUGUUGGAUUGCGAUGCAGUGCUGAAGGACGACGUUGCCUGGCGGUAUGGGAGGGCACCAGAUUAUUCCAAGACGAGGAAGGUUUAUGAAGCCGGCAAAACGCGCAACCACGAGCCAGGCAGCCUUCCGAGUCUUGUUGAGAACCUGGUCAAGAACUGGGAGAUCGAAGCGUCGUUCAAGACCAGGCUCGAGGACUGGCGCACUGUCGACGCCAGCUGCUACACGUUUGGCCUCAACGGCGGGCCGGCGCGCGAUGGUACUCAUAUGCUGGAGGUGGGGACGUACAACGCGCUCAUCCCGUCCAACCAGUACUAUGACCCGGAAAAGCUGGACUUUACGACCAGCCACAAGGCGUUUAAGCGAAUGAUGCCAGCGUUUGCGUGGGAGGUGCUGGAGGUGUACAGCGGGCCGCCAGCGGUGGUGUUCAAGUGGAGGCACUGGGGCAAGAUGGCCAAUGAUUACGUGGGCAUGAACGACAAGGGCGAGAAAGUCACGGUCAAGGCGCACGGGGGCGAUAUCGACAUCCAGGGCUUGUUGGUGGCCAAGGUGAAUGAGAAGCUCCAAAUUCAGUCGAUUGAGGUGUGGAAUGAUCCCAUGGAGAUGUUUCGACAGAUUGGGAAGAACGGGGAUGCCGUGAUCACACCGAGGGCGGAGGGAGAGACGGGCACGGAGCAGCCAGGCUGUCCGAUGGGGCAUUGA